AUGAAACUCUUAUUAUUGUUAUCACUCGGUAUUUUAAUUGAUGGAAAAUAUUUUGAAUGUAAUAAAAAAAAAUCUUGUGGUUGUGGUUUUUCCAAUGUUGAAAUAAAUGCUCGUAUUAUAAGUGGUGAAGAAGCAAUACCAUUUAGUUGGUCAAUGGCUAUAUCAAUACGCUAUGAUCUUCUUCAUAAUGGCAAUGCUUUAAUGCAUGUUUGUGGAGGAACUAUUCUUACAAAUUCUUAUAUUUUAACUGCAGCUAAUUGUGUAGAAGAAAUAAAAGGUGAUGUUAAACUUGCAAAUCUAACUAUAGCUGCUGGAAUACAUAGAAGAUCUCAAUCAAGACAAAUAAUACGGCAAGUUGAUGAAAUUAUUGUUCAUCCAAAUUGGACAAGUUCAUGGAAUCAAAAUCAAAAUGAUAUUGCAUUACUUCAUUUAUCUGAACCACUUGAUUUAGAAAAUAAUGCUUUUAUUACUCGAACAUGUCUUCCAUCACAAAUAAAUACUUCUGAAGAAUUAAUUCAAUAUCCACCAACCGGUGCAGAGUUAGCUGUUCUUGGAUGGGGUCGUAGUAGUCCCUAUGGAGAUGAUUCUGAUAUCUUACAACAACUAAUCGUUUCUACAAUCGAUACUAAUCAUACGAAAUGUAAAGAUAUAAUCACAGAUCCAAAUAGACAGUUCUGUGCAGGAAUACGGGAUGUUAGUGCAGGCUCUUGUUAUGGUGAUUUUGGUGGUCCGAUACUUCAAUGGAUAGGAGAUCAUUGGCAACAGGUAGGUAUUGCAUCAUUCACACCUGAUGGCUGUGCACAAAAUUCUGCUAUUGGCUAUACUCGACUUGCAUAUUAUCGUAGUUGGAUUGAUGAACAUAUAUCAUAUGAUGAAGAAUCUACAGAAGAAAUAUCCAUGACAACAACUAGCACACAUAUAACAAUAUCCGACACAGCAAUAAAUUUGUAUCAGUGUGAUAAAUAUAAAGUACCAUGUGGUUGUGGUCGUCGAAGUGUUCAAUUUUCACAAUCAAAUAUAAGUCAUAAUAACUAUGAAGCUAUACCUUAUAGUUGGUCAAUGAUUGUUUCUAUACGUUCAAUUGAUAAAAAUAAACAUUUAUGUAGUGGAACAAUUUUAAGUGAAUCUUAUAUUUUAACAUCAGCGUCUUGUAUUGCUAAUUUAUCAGCAUAUGGUAUAAUAAUUCUAGCUGGUAUUCAUAAUCAAUCUGAAGAUAAUGCAAUAUAUAGAAAAGUUGAUCAGAUAUAUUUACAUUCAAAUUAUACAGGAAUAUUAAAUAAUUAUGUAUAUGAUAUUGCAAUUUUACAUAUGUCUCAACCAUUAGAUAUUGAUCAUAAUUUAUUUAUUAGUCGAACAUGUUUAAUUGAAAAAGAUGGUUUUCUAUCACAUCCAUUCUUUUAUCCAACACCUGGAACAAAAUUAGCAGUUAUCGGAUGGGGUUUGAUGAAUUGUCAUGAUAAUACUAAUCAUGAUCUACUUCAACAAAUUGAAAUUUAUCCUCGAAUUGGUCUAGAAGAUAAUUGUUAUAUACUAGAUAAAUACGAAGAUGUUCAGUUUUGUGCAGGAUCAUUAGACAAUCAAAAUACAGUUCCAUGUGUUGGAGAUCCAGGAAGUCCAAUCUUUCAAUGGUCUAAUGAUCGUUGGCAGCAAGUAGGAAUUGCAUCAUAUGUAAUUGAUCGUGGUCAAUUUAAAAGUAUAGGAAUUUAUACACGAACGAUAGAAUUCAAUAAUUGGAUACAAUCUAUUAUUGAUAAUUGUUCGACAGCAUCUUCGACACAGACACCAACAACGCCUCUUGUUGAUAAUAUUACAACCAGUAUAAAACCACCGAUUUUAUAUGAAUGUAAUACAACAUCAACAUGUGGUUGUGGUAGAAUGCCUGUUGUUUUAACACCAUCACGUAUAGUUGGUGGUGAAGAUGCAAGGGAACUUAGUUGGCCAAUGGUCGUUUCUUUACGUUGGUCAGAUCCUAAUAGUCAUUGGUGUGGUGGAAGUAUAUUAUCUGAUUCAUAUAUUCUUACAGCUGCUCAUUGCCUUCAUGGUUAUGCAUCAAAUCCACCGAUUGAUGUUACAAUUGUAGCCGGUAUGACAAAUCUUUCAGAUCCAAAACAAAUUCGACGUACCAUUGAUCAUAUCUAUAUACAUUCAGAAUAUAUUGGCGUGCAAAAUCGCUUUCGUCAUGAUAUUGCUGUAUUACAUUUAAAUCAAUCGUUAAUAACAGAAAAUAAUCCAUAUUUAACAAAAACAUGUAUACAUCCUGUUAAUCCACCAACAGUAAAUAAUCAAAAUAUUAAAAAUGGGACGCGUCUUGCUGUUAUUGGAUGGGGUACAAUGGGAUCUGGUGUUUCUCUUGAUCCAAUAAUUCUUCAACAAGCUGAAGUUUUUGCAAUUGAUAAUAAUGAUCCUAUAUGUACACAGACGAUGAAUGAUUCUGAAAUACAAUUCUGUGCUGGAUUACGAGAAGGUGGAAAAGAUUCAUGUCAAGGAGAUUCAGGUGGACCAAUAUUUCAAUGGACAGGAGGAUAUUGGGAACAAGUAGGAAUUGUCUCGUAUGGAAACGGUUGUGCAGAACCUAAUGACCCAGGUGUUUAUGUUCGAUUAUCAUAUUAUUACAACUGGAUAAAUGAUAUUCUUAAAAAUGAUAAUGAACAUACUGAACCGAAACCUUUACCUGAUACAACUACAACAACAACGACAGAUGAAACAUUACAAACUACGACGAGCGGUUCUUACAAUCAUCUAAAAAAUACAUUUACAUUUGCAAUAAUUAUUUAUCUGUUCAGUAUAAUUCUAUAA